GCGAAAUUUAUAAUUCCAUAUUUAUAAUUUCUGUUUUCUUAUUUUUGUUUAAUUUCUGUUUCUUCUAUCCUUGUAUCCCUUCCCACACAUAUUCAGGCCACCCUGUCGGAAGAAGCUAAGGAAGUGUACAACAGUUUGGUGGAGACGCCAACAUUGGAAAGUGCUGGAGAUACGAAUCCGUUACGCAUGUUACGUUCCGGAUUAUCUAUAGUAAGGCCUAGAAUUCGUGGGAACAAACAUGCCACUCUGGGCUACCCAGUGUUAUCGCAAUCAGAAGACAUAUCUAGUGAGCAUGCCUUCCAUUUCGAGAUGCACCAUAGCGGCGCGAUGACUUUGCCCAAAGUCCGAGCACCUCCCUCGCCUCAUGCAAUUUUAUCUCUGCCUCAAUCACGCAUUCUUGAAAGACAUCACUCUAUGGAAAUAGAGAAUAAUCAGAAUCAGAGUAACAUCGAUGAGAACCCAAUUCCUCUGCCGCCUAGAGAUCGUUCAAAGACACUUCAGCCCAAAUCUAGUUUACCACGACAUCAAAGGAAGCAUCCUUUGAUCAUACCUGGAGGUGGUGUCACAAGAACGCUAGCCAAGAUGGCAAUAACCAUGCCAUCCGUAGAAGAUCAAGUGGACGGACAUUUCAUGUUACAGAAUUUUGAUACGGCAAUUGGUGAGACUUUGCUACAGGACAACUAUCUUUCAGAAGCUUCUGUUAAUAGUCCAGAGGAAUUCGAACAACGCAUAGAUUCGGAGCUAGCUGCACUGGAUUCAUUACCUAUCGAAGAAUGCCGACUUCGACGAUUUAGCGUGAUCUCGGAGGAUUUGCUGGAGUUUUCGGAUAACUUAAUCGACUGCGACGAUAUGCCAGAUAUACGUCAAAAUGUUUCGGAAACAAACAAUGAGAAACAAUCGAAUAAUUCAUCAACAAUGACCGAUAAGUUACGCAGGAAAAUUAGCGCCGAACCAAAAUGCUCUUUAAAAAGCUUUGCAUCUAAAGUACAAGAAAACACGGAAAGAGAUCUAAGCCAGAAUCCAAUGACAAUUAGUUCUUGUAGAUCAGAAGACUGGAACAAGAUGAAUUCCUCGAUCAGAGUUCAAAUUCCAUCUACAACAAUACAGCAGAUACCACUAAAUUAUUCUUCACAAACAAAUGUAGAAGAAAUCCCUUCCAAAUACAAAACUUUUCAUUGUGAGGAACCUUUGGUACCUAUUGGCUCAAACAACAAUUUUCAUUUGACUACUAUUCCAAAAGCAUACUGUUUAUCCAACGAAAAAACAUCGAGUUGUGACAUCGUGAGUGAUUUGUUACGACAAUCGGACCAUGUUUCUUGCGAAGAUUUAUUAGAAUUUGCUUGUGAUGGGCCAAAUACACGAAGAACUCGCGGACCUCGAAACGGAGAACAAUCUGAUGAAGUACGAAUCAUGCUGAAGGUGUUGCAUGAACAGUCAACCCCAGAAUCCUGCAUUGCUGCAUUGAAUGUCACGGAAUGGGACGUUCUAGCUGCAAUUAAAUUGGAGCGGCUUCAAGGAUUAUUGAAAAAGGAAAAUAGUUUUGUCGGUCUCGAGGAUUGCAAAGUGAUACUGAACCAGUGUGGUGGUGAUGUCGUGAAAGCGGCUGCGCUAUUGCGAAACAUGGACGAUGCUGCCGCGGUUUAGUUUAGAUUCACAAAGGAUAUAUAAGGAUUGAUUGAAAAGUUCUCUUUGUAAUAUCUUCUAUUCUUAAUGACUUUAUAAUAUAAAUAUUGGAAAUAUUUUUCGUAAAAAUACUUUCUUAAUAUUGCU